AUGGCUAUCUCCGGCGAUGUUCUCAGAGACUUUUCACCUGAAGUUGUUGGUGAGUUUCACGUCCUUGCUGUUGAUGAUAGUUUCGUCGAUCGUAAGGUUAUUGAAAGGUUGCUCAAAUUCACUUCUUGCAAAGUGACUGUUGUUGAGAGUGGAACUAGAGCUUUACAGUAUCUAGGGUUGGAUGGUGACACGAGUUCAAUUGGUUUUGAUGGUGUGAAGGUUAAUAUGAUAAUGACUGAUUAUUCCAUGCCUGGGAUGACAGGAUAUGAACUUCUCAAGAAGAUUAAGCAGGAAUCAUCUGUUUUUAGAGAAAUUCCAGUGGUGGUUAUGUCAUCUGAGAACAUCUUGACCCGAAUCGAUAGUUGCUUGGAGGAAGGAGCAGAAGAGUUUCUAUUGAAACCGGUCAAGUUGUCCGAUGUGAAACGCUUGACAGAUUUCAUCCUAAGAGGUGAAGGAAAGCAAGUGGGAGGAAAAAGAUCUCAAAAAAGAAGCCGAUCAGAUGAUUUCGUUUCAUCUCUAUCGACCUCAUGUUCAUCAUGCGAUCUAUCAUCACCGUCACCAUCUGAAAUAUCGUCGAAGAAAUCUAGACUAUAG